UUAGGAGUUGUGUUGCCAUCGUUCUCGUUUUAAUUUUUCUUUAUGUGAAGUAAGUCUCUUUUCUUUAAACUUUCAGAGCAGAGGAGAGGAAUGCCCUCCCACAUGGUGCCGAGAACAUCUGUUAGUGAGAAAUGAAGGCCUGAGAGAGAAAGAGGAGGAGGAGGAGGAAGGGGACUUACAUUAUUACAAGUGGAAAAAAGAGAGGAGGUGAAGAAAGAACCAGAGAGCAUGCAGAGAGGUGGAAAGGAGAGGAGAGAAAGUGACAAGACCUCAGCUGGAGGAGACCAACCUUUCCACAGAACAGCAGAGUGGGGAUAACAGACGCUCAUGUGAGCAGCCUCAGUGGCGGCAGCAGUGACUGGUGAGAAAGAGGAGAGAGUAGAAGAGAGAGGAAGAGAGCAGGGAUAACAGAACCACCACCGUCAUUCUGAUCGGAUUCACACCAGACAUGUGAGAAGAUGUCCGUGGGCGGCUGUGCAUGUCCCGGCUGUUCCUCCAAGUCUUUCAAGCUGUACUCCCCCAAGGAGCCCCCCAACGGUAGCACUUUUCCCCCUUUCCACCCCGGCACCAUGCUGGACAGAGACGUGGGUCCCACCCCAAUGUAUCCUCCCACAUACCUGGAGCCCGGGAUAGGGAGGCACACACCAUAUGGCAACCAGGCAGACUACAGAAUAUUUGAACUCAACAAACGGCUACAGAACUGGACAGAGGAGUGUGAUAACCUGUGGUGGGAUGCAUUUACUACAGAGUUCUUUGAAGAUGAUGCCAUGUUGACCAUUACCUUCUGUCUGGAGGAUGGACCCAAGCGUUACACAAUUGGUCGGACGUUGAUUCCAAGGUACUUCCGGAGUAUAUUUGAGGGCGGUGCCACUGAGCUCUACUAUGUGCUGAAACAUCCCAAGGAGUCCUUCCAUAAUAACUUUGUCUCCCUUGACUGUGAUCAGUGCACCAUGGUCACUCAGAAUGGAAAGCCCAUGUUCACACAGGUGUGUGUAGAAGGCCGCUUGUACCUGGAGUUCAUGUUUGACGACAUGAUGAGGAUAAAGACGUGGCAUUUCAGCAUCAGACAACACCGUGAACUUAUCCCCCGCAGUAUACUGGCAAUGCACGCCCAGGACCCACAGAUGCUGGACCAGCUGUCCAAAAACAUAACAAGAUGUGGCCUCUCAAACUCCACCCUUAACUACCUCCGACUGUGUGUGAUUCUGGAGCCCAUGCAGGAGCUGAUGUCCAGACACAAGACAUACAGCCUCAGCCCCAGAGACUGCCUCAAGACCUGCCUCUUCCAGAAAUGGCAGAGGAUGGUGGCACCACCAGCUGAGCCAUCAAGACAGGCGCCAAACAAACGGCGGAAGCGUAAGAUGUCGGGUGGCAGCACCAUCAGUGGAGGAGGAACUAAUAACAACAACAACAACAAAAAGAAGAGCCCUGGCAGUGGCUUCCCUCUGACCAGCCAAGUUCCAGAUGUGAUGGUGGUGGGAGAGCCCACGCUGAUGGGAGGGGAGUUUGGUGACGAAGACGAGCGUCUGAUCACAAGGCUGGAGAACACGCAGUUCGACGCGGCCAAUGGCAUUGACGACGAGGACAGCUUCAACAACUCUCCGGCGCUGGGCUCCAACUCGCCCUGGAACAACAAGGCGCCCUCCAGCCAGGAGAGCAAGAGCGACAACCCCACCUCACAGGCAUCGCAGUAGAGCCCAGAGCCCCGCAGCCUCAACACAAACCCCCACCCCGACAGCCACGAGUGCAACAGCCCAUCGCCUGAUCAACAACCCAGACAUCCCUGUAGAGCUCAGAUUCAUCACACGCAGUUGGCCCAAAGGGGGGCUCAGCAUAUCUCAGACAAUGUCACUGAGCCAUUGCUAGGACUUCCUAUUUACAUUUAGGCACCGGGUCCCACCUCUGUCUCCCGUUUCGUCAUCUCACACUCAAAAUUUCCCAUCUCACUAAUUUUCUGUUUAAACAGCGACUGGGUAGAUGACAAUGGAGGCACAGGGAUUUAAACCAGGGGAGAACUGUGCACACUAAACUGUCCAUACAGACCUUCACAUGUAGGCAGAUGGAGGGGAUGGUGUCAGCGGGGCUUUGAGAUGGUGGCGAGUUGCUUAGGGACCACUUGUCCACCCGUCCUCUAAACAUGGCUCUCAAUUCUGGUCUGCUCUGUUGACGUCAA